AUGAAGAGAGCAAGGAUAGCGAGCCGAUUGCUGGCUUCCGCGCCGAGGGCUGCCCGGAUAUCAAGAACGACACAUCAGCUGCCGCUAUGCACGAGAAGGCAUGCCAGCACAACAUCCGAGCAAGAUGAAGCCAAUUCGGGGAGCGAUAUCUACGAGCAAACCUCUGCAGAUACCUCCCUGCAACGGUCUGCUAGACACGUGCCGCUACCAUCACCACCACCCCAUAAAGCCAAAUCUUCUGCAAAGUUAGCUGCAUUACAUGCACGUCUUUCACUGUCUCCCAAGAUACCAGUCGAGACCCUUGCGCGGGCCUUGGUCGAUUCCUCUGCCGAUGCGCAUUCGAAAUACAACAACACCAACCUAGCCUACAUUGGUGCCACCCUCCUAAACAACCAUGCCUCCGAGCACCUCAUUACACGAUACCCCCGUCUGCCCAUGUCAAUUCUGUUUGCAGCAAUGAAGGGCUACGUCGGACCGGCUGUUUUGCACCAAGUUGCGCGCGCUUGGGGUGUUGAAACGGCUGCCGCACCCGGUGAGGAGGUGGACCCGGGUCUGUUGCAAUUCGACUCCCAACAACCCACCACCUUGAUGACCAGAUGGGGCUACGUUCGCGCCGAAAGCGCAGAGAUCCAGCGAUUCAAGUGGAGGAGAGGUGUGAGCAGUCGGGUCAUGUACGACGAUGCCUUUGGUGAGAUGAUACCGGGACAGCGAUCGGUGACAGACAGGGGCAGCGAAUUCUUGGCGGAGAAUGAGCGCAACACCAAGGACAUGAUCGUCCAGGACUUUCCUCAACAUGCCCAUGCCAACUUUGUAAGGGCGCUUGUCGGUGCUGUAAACUUGCACUGCGGUCGAGACGCUGCCAAGAACUUCAUCAAGUCGCAUUUCUUGUCGCGGAAGCUUGACCUGGCAAAUCUCUUUGAAUUCAAGUUGCCCACUCGGGAACUUGCCCGACUUUGUGCGAGAGAAGACUUUGAGCCACCAGUGGCAAGGCUGGAAAGCGAGACCGGUAGGCUCAGCAGGACACCAGUAUAUGUCGUGGGCAUCUACAGCGGCAAUGACAAAUUGGGCGAGGGUGCUGGGUCAGAUCUGGACUCUGCACGUGUAGCGGCAGCCAUCAAUGCGCUGAAGGCCUGGUAUCUGUACAGCCCGGGAGAGGUUGGUGUGCCCAGUGACACGCUUGCAGAAGAUGCAGGGCCGUGGAAGCCGGCAUACGUGGAUAUUGGAGAGAUCAUCUCCUAA